AUUUACGGCCACGGCAUCCGGGGUACAAAGACGAAGAAGAAGUUGCCAGCAUGGCGUUUACUCUUUAUUCUCUCAUUCAAACUGCUAUUCUCUGCUUUAACGCCGUCGCCGUGUUGCACGAAGAAAGGUUUCUCAGCAAAAUCGCAUCAGGUGUGGACCACGGAGUGUCGGGUUUUGGAGAUGACCCAGGAGUCAAAGUCCAAGUCCUCAAUCUCAUCCGCUCCAUCAGAACUGUCAUGCGAGUGCCUCUUAUCAUCGUCAACUCAGCCUCCAUCGUCCUGCUCUUACUUUUUGGGUGACGAGCAAGCAUCAAAGACAAACUGUGGAGCCAAGGAAACAUCUCCCUUACACACACACACACACACACACUGACUUUGUAAGGUCAAAGUGUUGUCUCACAUUUUCAAAAUCCUUCCAGUUUGAGCAGAAUCUUUUUUUUGCUAUUACAAUGUUUCUUGUUAUGGCACAAUAAUAAAUAAUAGAUUUUAUUUGUAAAAAAAAAA